AUGGCUUCCUGCAUGGCAUUAAAACGUUCUUUUGAACAUGAUCGAGAUUCUAACACUAACUCGACUCCUUACGAAUCAAGGACACCAUCAUCGAAACGUCAACGUCGUUGUUUUCCAGUGACCGUUGUUUCGUCAACAAAUGAUACGAAUUCAGAAAUGUCAUACGGAAAUCAAUCAGUAUUUCCUGAUGUUCAACCAGUUAUAACAGCUGAUAUUUUAUUAACACGAAUAAAAGAAGAAGUGCGCCGUCUUCAACGACGACAUCAAUUAAAAGCAACAACAUCAUCAGAUUUAUUCAAUGAUGAACAUAAUCAUACCACUGAUUCAACAUCAUUAAAUAAUUUACCUGGACAUUCAUCCUCAAAUAGUCAACAUCUUUUAACAAUUAAACAAGUCAAUAUGAUUUGUGCUCGAUUAUUAAAAGAGCGUGAAGAACAAAUACGCGAAGAAUACGAUCAAAUUCUAUCAAAUAAGCUUAAUGAGCAAUAUGAAGGUUUUGUUCGAUUUACUCAAGAUCAAUUAGCAAAACGAUUUUCGGAACUUCAAUUUUCUUAUGUUUCCUAA